AUGGCUACUUCGGCGCAGACCCCCCCGUCGCCCUCCGCCAGCUUCUAUGACCUUAGUGAUGAUGAAGAGGGCGAAUACAACACCAUCAGACACACAAGCAGUGGCAAGGGCGUAAAGCUACUGUACACCAAAAGCAAAGUCUAUGUCCACCCAUCGCCUUCUUCCAGAGACAAUAUCCCAGGCUUCGUAGCCCUCGUGCAGCAGAAGUCUGCCAAAAACUCCAACGAUGCACGCCCCGCCUCCUCGUCAUCUGCACGAAGCCUCAACGCGUCCUCGCUGCUGCUAGCCUGGGUUCCCGAGUCCAGCCUCGGGGACGCAUACGACACCUAUGUGAAAGUGGAUCUCUCAGACUCGUCAUCUCCACCAAAGCAGUCAUACCUCGUACCGCCACCGCCCACCACAUCGACACACAGUGUGACGCCCGGAUAUGCAUUUGCGCUGCCAGUCAGCGAAAUUUAUUCUUUACUGGUACGACCACCAAGUAUUGGAUGGUGGUUUGGAAGUGUGGUAGUCAAUACCAAGGCCGGCGACAGCUUCCCAGCAUUAUUCUUUCAUGACAGUGAAUGUCAGUCUACCAUCAUGCAGAGGAAGAAGCUGGCAAAGGAAAGUUUUGAUCCAUUUGGGGAUGGCGGAGGUAUGUUCUGGGGCGGCGAUGAGGUUUUGAGAUGGCUCAAGAGAUACGUCACCGUGGAACGAUCUGGAGCCGACCCUAGCAUCUACCUGAUUGACCCAACCGAAGAAGACAAGCGAUCCUUUGGCAAGGACGCUGUGAAACGAAGGAGCGCCGAAGGGAAAUCUGGUGAAGCUUCUUCCUCGCAGCAAGCGGGAAAGAGGGAUGGUGGCAUGGAUCCUGUUACCAAAGCGCUCAAAGAAGCAAGAUGGAAUUUCUUGGAGAAGCUGAGUCAGGUCACAACCUUCACCAGGAGGACGGCUCAAGCUGUGGCCGACAAUCCAAAGGUGCCGCCACAGGUGAGACGCCUCAUCCAGAAUCCAGAAGUUCAGACCCUACAAGAAGAGUUCGACAGCGCACGGCUAUAUUUGGCAAGGUGGGCUAUGGGCAUUGCCGAACAAAGCGAACGCGAUCGAAAUCAACGAAUAUGGACUGCAAAGGAUGUUCUGGCCAUGGAACAAGGCGAAUUGGGCGACUUUGAGAUUUUGGACAUGGAUAAGAUGACCAUGGCUGAUCGCCGGAAGCCUGUAACUUUAUCCGAGUGGAAAGGAUUUUUCGACACCAAAGGCCGAUUACAGCUGACCCCAGAUGAGGUCAAGGAUCGCAUCUUUCACGGUGGUCUGGAUCCGGACGAUGGCGUACGCAAGGAGGCGUGGUUGUUCCUGCUUGGAGUCUACGAGUGGGACAGCUCAGAGGAAGAACGACGCGCAAACAUCAACAGCCGACGAGACGAAUACAUCAGACUCAAGGGUGCAUGGUGGGAACGGAUGGUCGAAGGCAACCAGAACGAGGAGCAAGAAGAGUGGUGGAGGGAGCAGAAGAACAGGAUAGAAAAGGAUGUGCACCGAACCGAUCGCAAUAUUCCAAUCUUCGCAGGCGAAGAUAUUCCGCAUCCUGAGCCCGACUCGCCGUUUUCUGAUGUUGGCACCAAUGUCCAUCUUGAGCAGUUGAAGGACAUGCUUCUCACGUACAAUGAAUACAACAAAGACCUUGGCUACGUACAAGGCAUGAGUGAUCUACUUGCACCCAUCUAUGCAGUCAUGCAAGACGAUGCAGUCGCGUUCUGGGGUUUUGUCUGUUUCAUGGAUCGAAUGGAGCGAAACUUCCUGCGAAACCAGUCUGGUAUGCGCAUGCAACUCACCACACUGGACCACCUAGUUCAGAUCAUGGAUCCUAAGCUGUACCUCCAUCUCCAGUCUGCUGAAUCUACAAAUUUUUUCUUCUUCUUCCGAAUGUUACUUGUCUGGUACAAGCGAGAAUUCGAGUGGCCAGAUGUUCUACGGCUGUGGGAGUCAUUAUGGACCGAUUACUAUAGUAGUAACUUCCACAUCUUCAUUGCACUUGCUAUCCUGGAAAAGCAUCGAGAUAUAAUCAUGGCUCAUCUAAAGCACUUCGAUGAGGUGCUGAAAUAUGUAAACGAGCUCUCAGGCACCAUAGACCUCGAGUCAACUCUUGUCCGCGCCGAGUCCCUCUUUAAAAGGUUCCAGCGAACAGUUGAGACCAUCGAUAAGAAGGGCAACUUCCCAUCAGCACCACAAGCAAGGCAACGCAAACUAGCUGCUGCACUGGUGUCCGGACCAGGCUCAGGUCCUAGCACAAGCCCCAAGUCCUCCUCAUCGAAUGAACAAGGCGCCGCUUCAGGUACAGACAACGGCAAACAAGUAGGGGAAGAGCAGUCGGGUGAAGUGAAGGUCAUUAGUCCUGAAUUGCGUGCUCUACUUAGUAGGAAAAUAGAGAAGCUCGACAAGGAAACAGUCGUCGAGUAUGGUGGUGGCAUUGGCAAAUAG